AUGUCUUCUACUGCAAACCCUUUCUCUCGAGCUCCUCAACCUGCUAGAUCAGGUGCUAAUCUUCAAGAAAAUAUGAAUACUGCUGGUACAUUUGCCGAGGUGCUUGCAAGUGUUCACUCUGAUCACACCAAUGUCAAAAUAAGGCUUGACGAUAUGAGCGAAUAUCUUGAUUCUCAGUUAAAUGGCCUCACAAAUCAGUUUGGUGCCGUAGAUAGCCAAAUAGCCGUGUUGGAACGUAAGAUGGACAAAAAUGUAUGGUCAACCAAGUCACUCAAGGAGGAUUCGAGAAUUCUGAAAGAGAUGACUUGGGGUGUGAAGGACAGCAUCAAGGGCCUGAGUACAAAGGACAAUGUCAAUGUCCUUAGGAAGGAUGUUGAUGGUUUGCAAGUGGAUAUGACUAGCAUAAGAGAGAAUAUGGCUGAGCUUUAUGCUUUGCAGUUGAGGACCAGCACCAACUAA